ACUCUCACUCAUCUACCUAUACUGCUACUCUUUCCUUUCCUUUUCAGCAUAAUCAGAAUUAAUCCCAGUUUUUGUUUAUACUCACAAUCAUCAUAUCCAAUAAUAAUAAUUAUAAUAUCUAUAUCUAUAUAGGUAAUGAUAAUGAUGGGUGACAAUGAUAAUGAUAAUCACAAAGAUCCUCCGCCGCCACCCAAGUCACCAUGGAAGACACCAACAACUCCGCCGCCGCCGCCGGUGGAAGCUGCUAACUCCGGUGACCAUUCUGAUUCAGGUUCUUGGCCAGCCCUUUCUUCAUUAAACUCUCCCACUCAACACCCUCCACAAACCCAGGUGCCUGCUGUUGAGCCGCAAAAGCCACACCUGCGUGGAAACCAUAACAGGCAAUCAACACGUCCACAUAAAGCAGCACCCAGUAAACAAAACCCAAAUGCUGCACCAUCUUUUCAUGGACCACUACCCUUCCAUCAACCACCCAUUCCACCACCCCUUUAUGGCGGCAUGGCACCUUGGCCCCCUCAUAUUCCUGUUCAUGGAUAUGCUUACCCCCCGCCUGCUGUUGCUCCAUUUUCUCCUGCAAAUGGCCCUAUUACAGGUCCAAUACGAGGCAAUACUAGUACUUUUGGUGGCGAGUUUCCUAGUAGAAGACCUAAUGUGCAAGAAAACCAGAAACCAUUAGGUCCAAAGGAGAAUAAUGACGUGCAGCCGAAUGCUGGGCCAAGAGCUUUCAUAAGGCCACCCUUUUUUGGUCCACCUGCUGGAUUUAUUGGUACCUUUCCUGGUCCUCCUGGUUCUAUUGUGUAUCUUCCUGCUAUACCUCCAUUUUCUGUUAGGCCCCCCCAUCCACCUUUUGCUGUUCCACCUCAGUUGGGCCCGGGGAUUCCCGUUUUACCUUCACAGACGCAAUCCAUGAGGGCUAGUGUUAGAACUCAAAUUGAAUACUAUUUCAGUGAUCAGAAUUUGCAAGGUGAUCAGUACUUGCGUUCUUUAAUGGAUGACAAUGGAUGGGUUCCAAUAUCUACUAUUGCCGAAUUUAAAAGGGUUAAAAGAAUGUGUACGGACAUACCGUUUAUAGUGGAUGCCUUGCAGAACUCUAGUAUGCUUGAAGUGCAGGGUGACAACGUGAGAAGGCGUGAGGAGUGGUCAAAAUGGAUUCCAGGGAAUAAAUCUACUUUAACAGAAGUACAUUCUAUAAAACAAUCCAAGGAGAAUGUUAAGAUCAUUGAUUCUUUGAAGGAAGAUACUUCUGGUGAAGAUCAUUUCAGCUCAAAAAAUAAAUCAAAAUUCUCGAGACAAAAUAUGGAUAAACUUUGUGACGAUUUUGGAAGUACAUUCAUGUUUGAUGAGGAGCUUGAGCUUGAACAAAAGAAGGAUGCUAAUUCUUUUAAAACAAGGGUGGAUGAUGAAGAUGAUGAGAUGGUUGUAAAUGAUCAAGCAGUUGAGAGACUUGUAAUUGUAACCCAGAAUAACAAGAAUGGUGAAGGAAAUAAAGGUUCUGUAGUGGAUGCAAAAUCAUCUCCGAACGAGCUCGCUACUGCCAUAAACGAUGGCCUAUAUUACUAUGAACAGGAACUAAAAUCAAAGCGAAAUAAAGGCAGAAGAAACAAUUCAACAAAUGAGAUGAAGGAUGGGACUUCCAGAUCUCCUAGAGUUGCUUCUUCUAUAGCAAAUCACGUUGCCGGCAGUCCUAAUUCUAGAAGGAAACAUAAUAAAGGCCUUUCCAAGCAACAACCAGCGAAGAACCAACGGUGGUUUGCAAGCAACCUCAAGAAUAACGGAAAUGAUCUUAUCGUGUCAGAAAGUCCACCAAGUAGUUCGGUCGGGUUUUUCUUUGGUUCAACUCCUCCUGAUAGUCAUGGAUUAAGGUCUUCAAAGCUUGGUGCUUCUCCCCAUGGCUGCUUUACAAGCAGUAGUCCACCAGUAGGCUCCAUGCCAAAGCCAUUUCCACCUUUCCAGCAUCCUAGUCAUCAGCUUCUAGAAGAGAAUGGUUUCAGGCAGCAAAAGUAUGUAAAGUAUCACAAGAGAUGCCUAAAUGAACGGAAGAAAUGUGGUGUUGGAUGUAGUGAGGAAAUGAAUACCCUGUACAGAUUCUGGUCAUAUUUUCUUAGGGACUUGUUUGUCCCUUCAAUGUAUAAUGAAUUUAAGAAAAUCGCACUGGAAGAUUCAGCUGCUGGAUACAAUUAUGGAAUGGAAUGCCUUUUCAGAUUUUAUAGCUAUGGUUUGGAGAAGGAAUUCAGAGAAGAUGUUUACGGGGAUUUUGAGCAGCUUACUCUUGAUUUCUACCAUAAGGGAAAUCUCUAUGGCCUUGAAAAAUAUUGGGCAUUCCAUCACUAUUCUCGGACAAAGGAUCACAAAAAGCUCCCAGAACUGGAAAGGCUACUCAAAGAAGAGUACAGAAGCUUGAACGAUUUUAAGGUCAACCGUGUGAAAAUAAAAGCUACUGCAGCCAAAAUUGAUAAAAAGUAAUAAGCAGAGACUGGUAGUCUUACAACAGACGGGAGGUGUGGAAUCACAAUUAAGAGAAUAUUAUUUAUAUAGUAUCUUAUAGAGAUAGAGAUAGAGUGGUUUCUGGCUCUCUUACUUCUGUGACAACUUUAAGAAUAUGGUCAUUGUACAUAGCAGCUUGUUGUCAGGGGUUUACGUUUCACCGGCUGACCCUAUUUUGUUGUGCUGAUAAAUUGGGCUAUUUGGAACUUCUCGUUUAUGGGAAUUUUCUUCUAUAACCGAGACCAAUUUUUUCCAGUCUGUAAAAUGCAUAUUUUUGUUAUAGCCAAAGUAUGAAAUUUUAUGGAUUUGUUUGUCUUUGAUUGCA